GAUGUCUUCUCAAACGAGCCCGAAUGGGAGGAAGCGAGCGACCUACCCUGCCCGCUUGCCUUGCUGUCAGCCUGUCACAACCAAAUCAGCUCGAUCUGGGGAAUUAGAUCGUCUUCUUUCUGCCUUUUUACCAGCUGAAUACGGCUGAACAAUGGCUGCCAAAAUCAAAGCUGGCUCAGUGGUGGAGAUGCAGGGUGACGAAAUGACCCGUGUCAUCUGGGAGCUCAUCAAGCAGAAGCUCAUCUUCCCCUACCUGGAACUGGAUUUGCACAGUUACGACCUAGGAAUGGAGAACCGCGACGCUACGAAUGACCAGGUCACGGUGGAGGCAGCUGAGGCGGUGCGGCGCUACAGUGUGGGUAUCAAGUGUGCCACCAUCACGCCGGAUGAAAAGCGCAUGGAGGAGUUCAAGCUCAAGCAGAUGUGGCGCUCGCCCAACGGAACCAUUCGGAACAUACUGGGUGGCACCGUCUUCCGAGAGGCCAUUAUUUGCCGAAACAUCCCCCGUCUGGUCCCUGGCUGGGUCAAGCCCAUCAUCAUUGGCAGGCACGCCCAUGGAGACCAGUACAAAGCCACAGACUUUGUGAUUCCUGGGCCAGGCAAAGUGGAGAUGAUUUACACGCCAGUAAGCGGAGAGCAGGUCAAGUUCGUCGUCCAUAAUUUUGAAGGUACUGGCGGCGUGGCAUUGGGGAUGUACAACACAGACAAAUCCAUCAGGGACUUUGCUCACAGCUCCUUUCAGAUGGCUCUCGUUAAAUCAUGGCCUCUUUACCUCAGCACCAAGAACACCAUCUUGAAGAAGUACGAUGGGCGAUUCAAAGACAUUUUCCAGGAGAUCUAUGAGAAGGAAUACCGAACCAAGUUUGAAGCCCAAGGAAUCUGGUACGAACACCGGCUGAUUGACGACAUGGUGGCCCAGGCCAUGAAGUCAGAUGGAGGCUUCAUUUGGGCCUGCAAGAACUACGAUGGAGAUGUACAGUCUGACUCUGUGGCUCAAGGUUACGGCUCCCUGGGUAUGAUGACCAGCGUGCUGAUCUGUCCAGACGGACGGACCGUGGAGUCGGAGGCGGCGCACGGCACAGUGACGCGCCACUACAGGCAACACCAGCAGGGGAAAGAAACCUCCACAAACCCCAUAGCCUCCAUCUUUGCGUGGACGCGAGGCCUCCUUCAUCGCGCAAAGCUGGACAGCAACGUGGAGCUACGCGUGUUCGCCGAAGCACUAGAGGCUGUUUGUGUAGAGACCAUUGAGGUGGGAUUCAUGACCAAGGAUUUGGCCAUCUGCAUCAAGGGACUAGCAAAGGUGACACGUGCUGACUACCUGAACACCUUUGAGUUCCUGGACAAGCUGGCAGAGAACCUAAAGGCCAAACUGGCAAAUCAUCCCAAGCUGUGAUACACUUGAACGCACAUGCAACACACACUCACACUGCUGCUGCGGUGGGAGGCUCGCCAGUCACGCAAAAGCAGGCAAGACCUGGUCUACGUCUCUAGCAGGACUUUGGAAAACAGAAUACAUUCAUUACUUCACACAGGACCUGUGAAUGGACUGCACUCGACUCAAAUUAAGCACUAAUACACAAAAAUAAUUGCGUCACUGUCCAGUUUAAAACAUGUAACUCCAGAUUUUGUGAGUCUAUUUUUGUCUGUUUGUUUUUAACCUGAAAAAUAGCAAACAUCAUUCUAUGUUUUGGACAACACAAAAUGUGGAGCUAAAUGCAUUCUGUUGAAUAGUACUGGCUGACAAGCUCUAGUAAUAAUUCUAAUCAUGAAGAAUAUGUACAUGAUUUUGUCUCACCAAGUUUAAUUCAAUUUGACAUUUUGAAAUCUUUGUUGUACUAGUGCCGUCUAUUUGCACCUAAAUAACGAUAUCCUGCCAUAGAACAUUGCAAUUCAAUGUCCAUCCAAUUUGUAUUUUUUAUUUUUCACUGUUUCUAAACCAGAAAUUUUUCAAUGUGACUUUAGUGAAAAUGUUAGAUUGUCAUUCUUUCCAAAAUUGUAAUUUGCACCAGUAGAAAUAAUAAUUAAAAUGAACCAGAUCCCA